CUCUAUUUCCCAUCCCUCUCUCACUUCAAAAAUCAAAACACAAACCACUACGAAGUCCCAACUAAACAAUCCACCCUCUCUCUCUCUCUCUCUCUCUCCUGCUCUAAAACCCUAUCGCCCUCCAUCUCUCUGCCUCUCUUUUAGGGUUUCAGAUUCUUAUUUUCAUUGAACCGAUACGAUGUCGUUGAGGCCGAACGCGAGGGCGGAGGUCCGCCGGAACAGGUAUAAGGUGGCCGUGGACGCGGAGGAGGGUCGUCGGCGGAGGGAGGACAACAUGGUGGAGAUCAGGAAGAACCGCAGAGAAGAAAGCCUCCAGAAGAAACGUCGCGAGGGCCUUCAACCUCCGCAAUUGUCCUCUAAUCUUCACUCCUCCGGCCUAGAGAAGAAGCUAGAGCAUCUACCAUCUAUGGUUGCUGGUGUUUGGAGUGAUGAGAGCAGUCUGCAGCUUGAGGCAACUACUCAAUUUAGGAAGUUGCUUUCAAUUGAACGUAGCCCUCCGAUUGAGGAAGUCAUACAAUCGGGUGUCGUUCCUCGCUUUGUUGAGUUUCUAAUGAGGGAGGAUUUUCCACAACUUCAGUUUGAGGCAGCUUGGGCUCUGACAAACAUUGCUUCUGGGACAUCUGAGAACACUAAGGUGGUGAUUGAUCAUGGAGCUGUUCCAAUAUUUGUGAAACUGCUUAGUUCUCCAAGUGAUGAUGUCCGUGAGCAGGCUGUCUGGGCAUUGGGAAAUGUUGCUGGUGAUUCCCCUAGAUGCCGUGAUCUUGUACUCGGCAAUGGGGCUUUGAUUCCAUUACUUUCACAGCUGAAUGAGCAUGCAAAGCUCUCUAUGCUGAGAAACGCUACUUGGACACUGUCAAACUUUUGCAGGGGCAAACCACAGCCUCCAUUUGACCAGGUUAAGCCUGCCCUUCCAGCUCUUGCACGUUUGAUUCAUUCAAACGAUGAAGAAGUAUUGACCGAUGCCUGCUGGGCUCUGUCUUAUCUUUCUGAUGGUACAAAUGACAAAAUCCAAGCUGUUAUUGAAUCUGGAGUAUGCCCCAGGCUUGUUGAGCUUUUACUUCAUCCAUCUCCUUCAGUACUCAUUCCUGCCCUCCGCACAGUCGGAAAUAUUGUUACUGGAGAUGAUAUGCAAACUCAGGUUAUCAUCCAACAUCAAGCUCUUCCUUGCCUGCUGACCCUUUUGACUAAUAAUUAUAAAAAGAGCAUCAAGAAGGAAGCUUGCUGGACUAUUUCAAAUAUCACAGCUGGAAACAAGGAUCAGAUUAAGGCUGUAAUUGAUGCUGGUAUAAUCGCACCUCUUGUUAGUCUGCUUCAAGGUGCUGAGUUUGAUAUAAAGAAAGAGGCUGCUUGGGCAAUCUCAAAUGCUACGUCUGGUGGUUCUCAUGAGCAGAUAAAGAUCCUAGUAGAUCAAGGGUGUAUCAAGCCAUUGUGUGAUCUUCUUAUCUGCCCCGAUCCUAGAAUUGUUACGGUUUGCUUAGAAGGCCUGGAGAACAUAUUGAAGGUUGGAGAAGCUGAGAAGAACUUGGGCACUACUGGAGGUGUAAAUCUCUAUGCUCAGGCGAUUGAUGAUGCUGAAGGGUUAGAGAAAAUUGAGAAUCUACAGAGUCAUGACAACACUGAGAUUUAUGAGAAAGCAGUAAAGAUUCUUGAGACAUAUUGGGUGGAGGAUGAAGAUGAAACAAUGCCACCAGGCGAUGCUUCUCAAACUGGGUUCAACUUUGGAGGGAGUGGCAUGCCAACUGUCCCAUCCGGCGGAUUCAACUUCAGCUAGAGAAAUCUUCAUCAUUACACAGCGAAGUCCUUGAGUAUGGCAAGGCAAUAAUCCAGUCAGGUCAGGUCAGGUCAGGCGUCUUUAUAUGUUCGGGUCCUGUUUGUAGGGUUUUUUGUUGGGUGGCUGGCUCAGGUGUUUGCAACAGUUGUGGUUUAAACUGGUUCUGGCACCCAUGGGUUGAUUAUAUGAUGGACAUCUAUCUGCAACAAAGAUUGAAAGAAGAAAGAAAAAACUGGAGUUGUUUUUCGGAGAGUAGUCGGGCUAUCCUAUGAAGCAAGAUGCUAGGAGCUUUUGUUAUUUUGUUUUCCAUUUGUUUAGUUGUGUCAUAUAAGUGGGUAUUGGUCGGUCAUAUGUCCUACAGUUGUUCACAAGUGUUUUGGAACUCCCAAACUUGCAUGAUAAUUUUCCUUCCUUCAUUCCAACCCUAGUGCAAGGAUUUCUAUUCCUGUCGAGAUUGUAUGUUAUGUGCUGUUGAGUCCGUUUCCCUUUUUGGGCUCCAGAUUUGUUGGGUAAAAUAUAUUGCCAAA